AAUUAGGUCAGUUUUGUCCCAGGAUGCGACCCACACCGACUAACACUCAGGUUCCUAUUAUACUGAUGGGGAACUCUUGUAAAUAAUUAUGUUUAUUACUGUUGUAACUCCUUUUAUUGUAACUGAUUUUCACACAGUUAGGUUACUUUGCUAAUUUAAAAUUUAACGUUAUAAAUCUUACUGUAAGUCUGUAAUUACUGCUAAGCUUAAAUUAGAAGAUAUUUCAAGGACCUAAUGGAAAUAAGUCACUUAAUCUGUCUUUUUUGGGUUAUCUUGGGUAAUUUACACAUAAUUGUACUUAUGUGUACCUGUACCUAAAUAAAUUACUUAUCUCUCUUCCUUCGACAGUUCUGGACGCACAAGCCGCGACAAUUAAUUAAUAUUAGUUACCCAAGUAUCCAAACCAGGAUGAUCCUUUUUCUAUGAUGGUUGUUCCAACCUGUAAUCACAAGCUACACUAAAGUAAAUGUUAGAACACUCAAUGCUGAUGAUAUUGUACUGUACUGUCAAAGUAUUGUACUGAACUGUAUCAGUACAAUACAACUGCAUUUGACGUCCUUCCUUGUAUAUUAUAUACCCAUGGUGUGGACGGUAGUCAAAAGAAUGAGGGUAUAAAUAAUGUUGGAGCAAGUAUAUCAGUAUUACAGAACGACAUUUUAUUUAUAAAUAUCGUUCAGUAAUACUGAACUACGUCCCUAUCAACGUGAACUAAAUUCCCCCUGGCCCUCUGUAUAAUAAUGUUCUCACGAGGUUGUCUUUACAGGAAGGUGAUGGCGUUGCUGGUAGGUGAGGUGAGGUGUAUACCAGGUGGACACACCACCACCUAUGAGGUGUUCCAGCGUCUGGCCACCUCCCAACACACUCAAGACAAGGUGGCUCUGGUAUUUGACACUAACAAGAUCACUUACAAACAGCUGCUGUGCCUGGUUGACUCCCUGCACCUGUGGCUAUGGAAGAAGGUGCAAGAGAUGAGCAAGCAGUGUCGCCUUCAACAGGAGGCUCCUGAGGACCAGUCACAACAGUCGUCCACACUUACCACCGUGGCUCUGUGUUUGCACAGGAGCCCCAACCUAGUGGCACUGAUCCUCGCCAUUUGGAAGUUAGGGUGGGCUUACGUACCACUGGACCCCUCAGUGCCGGCCCUUCGUACAUUGUACGUGCUGAGGGAUGCUGAGCCCAUCUGUGUGCUCACUGACUCCCAAACAACAAUCAAGAUCAAACACCUCGAGUGUGACACCGCCAUUGUUCCUCUCGUCACCGAUGCCUCGGAGUCACCACUGCCUCCUACAUACCCCUACUGCCUCACUGAUCGCAUCCUCGAUAUUGGCGACUGGGACGCUAAUUCCUCGUCUGCAGAAAAUAUCGAACAUGAAAAAUAUGACUCGUGUAUGAGACCUGGAGAUGGGUGGGUGGCGUGCGUUCUCUACACCUCGGGGAGUACAGGUAACCCUAAGGGAGUCCUCCUGACGAUGAAGAAUCUGAUGAAUCGUCUAUACUGGCAGUGGGAGGAACUGCCUUAUAAAGAUAACGAAAUCUGUCUCAUGUCAAAGUCUUUAACGUUCGUGGAUUCCGUGACUGAGUUGUUUGGCCCGCUGCUGGCUGGUGUUCCAGUGGUGGUGGUGAAGGAAGAGGCCAUAAACCCUGAACUAAUUAUCAAGUAUGUGAGUGUGCACGGGGUGACGCGGCUGGUGGUGGUGCCCUCACUGCUCAAGCUGCUGCUCCUCUACCUCAACACCACCAAGGAAUCCAUCAAGGUCCUUCAUAAGCACCUCCGCCUAUGGAUCACCAGCGGGGAAACACUCCCUGCAUGGCUAAUCAACGACUUCUUCGCCAUGUUCCCUGGAAGUAAAUUCAUUAACCUAUAUGGGUCGACAGAGGUGACAGGCGACGUCUCUUGGUUCCCUAUAGAGGAGCUUAACUGGCGCGCGGGGGUAAAGGUACCUAUCGGGUAUCCGGUGUUCAACACGGUGCUCCUGGUGGUGCAGCAGCAAGGUGGAGUCCUCUACCUCUCCGGGGAAGACAAGCCUGGCGAAAUUGUUGUUCUGGGCGAGAACGUGUGUGCCGGCUACCUCCGUGGCAAGCUCCAUAAGGACCGUAACGAUUCCUUUGUCCCCGUCUCUUCUAUAAAGAUACAGGAUGAUAAGUUGAGGACGCAGCUUGAAGACUAUAUCAAUAAAGUAUACGAGAGUAAGCUCACGGUUUACGACACUCAUGAAGCUGCUGCACUAACCCACAAUAACAACACAUAUGAAGUGCACCGAGAUAAUCCCGACACAAUACGAGGUAGCAGCACCUCGUACUCAGUAUCACCAGCGGCGGUUUCAUUCGUCCGAGACUUCAAACUCCCGGAGAGCUCACUCUCCCUUUUCCAGAGUUCCGCACACAUAAAAGCUAAGUCGUCAGGCUCGGAUUCCAAGAUAUCUCCACCUCUGGUCACCCGUCCCGUUAAGACGCCCUCUCCGUUAACACAAAAGAAAUCCCCUGCACCUCCUGUGGUGCCACCGAGAACAGCUACACCUCCAACAGUGCCUCCGAGAACUCCUCCCAGACUGCCUCAUAAAGCAGCUGACGUGUCAGCAUAUCCAUCCAAAUCUCCACCAAGCCCAAAAUCCUCAGUGAGCAUUAAGACUGAAACAAACACGAAUUCACCAGCCAGUUUAAAGACUCAAGCGAGUCCAAAGACCUCCUGGAGCUCCUCCUGUAAGACUCCACCAAGUUCCUCCAGCACCCCACGAGUGAAGGGAAGAGUUGAGGACCCCCGUUGCUCCAUGAGACAGGAAGCAGAGCGACGAGUCGAGCAGACAGCAUACCGGACGGGAGACCUGGGGAGGGUUGUUGGUGGCCAGCUGGUGUUCGAGGGACGUAGAGAUUCUCAGGUGAAGGUGCGUGGUGUCCGGGUUCACCUGGCAGAGGUAGAGGACGCUGUGCACCGCAGUGGGUAUGUGGAGACUCAGUGUGUGUUGGCUGCGACGGAAGACGAGGAGCAGGUGCUGGCGGCCUUCGUAGUGCUUAAGGAGGAGUUCGAGGAGCAGGAGAAGUGGGUGACGGAGGAUCUGAGGAGGUGUCUGAGGAGCUACCUGCCGAGGGUAGCAGUGCCUCGCCUCCUGGUGCUCGAUGCUGUGCCACACCUCCCCAGCGGCAAGGUUGACCGUCGAGGACUGUUAGACCUCUACCGUAGACGAAUGGUCCACCGCACCUCCAGCGAUGAUGUACUUAUACUCAGGAAGGAAGAGCCAAUAGAAUCACGGUGCUGAGGAUCAUCUUGGGGAGCCCUGGGUGUGGACGUUUCCCACGAGUUUCCAGAGAACUUCUUUUACCUGGAGGGAACAUCACACGUCAGUGUGGUGGGCCGUCUCAGGGGGCUGGUCUUUAGACCCCCCGAGGCCUUUCUUAAAGCCGCCACUAUCGGUGAAUGGCAAUGAUACCUGAAGGGCGCUAAAACAAUGGCGGAAGUGAUGAACUUAUUCUGUUCAGCGUCUCCGGCCAGCAGCAGCAGCAGCAUCUCACACACUCCUGCUGGGAGGGGUGAGGAGCAGAGCCCAGCAGAUGAGGAGGAUGAGGAUGCGGCAACAGACCUCAGCAUACCGGCACUGCACCCAGACAUACCCAUGUGUGCCCACACUCAAGGGUCGGCAACUAAAGUGUUGAGACUAGCACACCUGCACACUCUCCCUGUCUCUCAGGGUGUAGAUAAGGACCUGGUGAUUGAGAUGGUGGCUGAGAGCUUCACCAGUAAGAACCCUCUGGACGUGACCAUGAAGGUCCCUCGUGAGGCUCACCGGAGUCUACUCAACUCACUGUGGCCUCGUCUGGUGCAUGACGAACUCAGCUUCGUGGUCAAGGACCCCCAGCGAGGUCUCCUGGGGGCUGUCAUCAACACAGACUUCUUCAAUGAACCGCAGAUGGAUGUACCACCCAGCAUGGAGGAGAUUGCUGCCCUUCACGAACCUCUGGAAGAGGAAGGUAGACACCAGCUGCUGCAGGAAGGCAGGGAACACGGUGGAAGCUGGGUACACAACCUCUUCCUCGCCACCACCACCUCACUCAGUCCUCAGGAUAAUGUGCGUCUUGCACUGUACCUGGAGAAGGAACUGCUGAGGAUGGCACAGACAAAACUCUACCACGGAGUGUUUACUGUCAACUCUAACCCCAUCAACCAGAUGCUGUGUGAGAACUACCUGGGUUACCAGAGACGUGGAGCUGUGAGAGUGUCCUCCUUCGUCUAUAGAGGCCGUCAACCCUUUGUUAGUCUUCCCCACGACCUUCUCCUCGUCGCCAUGACUAAAACUCUGUAAACUCCUCCGUCUUAAUCCAGGGAUUCAACUCCUUGUUCAGUACCUCCUUCAUGAAUGAAGCUAUCCGAACUCCUCCAUUUUAUUCAGAGGUUUUGACUCCUUUUUCCACAGCAUCUUCCUGCUACAUAUACACAUCAGUUCCACUUUCAUAUAAUUUUUAACUCAUAAAACUGUAUCUGUUGUCUCAUGUAAGCUACGAUGUGUUGUCAGGUCUUCCAUGUGUCUCCUGAGUAACAGCCUCACACAGCAUUGUAUCAAGCUCAACUUAGCACAGCAUUAUUAAGUGCAUCCUAGCACAGCAUUAUCAAGUGCAUCCUAGCACAGUAUUAUUAAAUGCAUCCUAGAACAGCAUUACCAAGUGCAUCCUAGCACAGCAUUACCAAGUGCAUACUAGCACAGCAUUAUCAAGUGCAUCCUAGCACAGCAUUACCAAGUGCAUCCUAGAACAGCAUUACCAAGUGCAUCCUAGCACAGCAUUACCAAGUGCAUCCUAGCACAGCAUUAUCAAGUGCAUCCUAGCACAGCAUUACCAAGUGCAUCCUAGCACAGUAUUAUUAAGUGCAUCCUAGAACAGCAUUACCAAGUGCAUCCUAGCACAGCAUUACCAAGUGCAUCCUAGCACAGCAUUACCAAGUGCAUCCUAGCACAGCAUUACCAAGUGCAUCCUAGCACAGUAUUAUUA